GUUAAUUUGUCAAAUAAAUUUCUGUAAUUUCUACAAGACAACAUGCCGCGUUCCUAUUCUCGGUCUCCCUCCCGCUCGCGGAAGCACUCGCGUCGGCGAUCACGGUCGAAGUCCCGUGAACGGGACAAAUAUUUCAACCGGAACGAUUAUCAACGUUAUCGUAGCUCAGAAGAUCGAUCUUCAAAGUCGCGUUCCACUGCCGCAUCUUCGUCGUCGGGCAGAAGUAGUACCCAUGAUCAUCAUCAGAGCCAUCGGAAGAAACAGUCGGUUAGCAGCUCGGUGGCAAGUGACUACAGAUGCAGAAGUCGAUCUAAGGAGAGGGAUCGUGAAAGACGCGAGCGUAAUAAAAGGCGAUCUAAUUCGCGCGAUAAGUAUACACGCAAACGAGCUAGCUCAAGCAGCUCCAGUAGCAGCAGUAGUAGUAGUUCAGGAAGCUCAGGAUCAACCAGCAGUUCAAGCUCUUCCUCGGAGAAAACGGAAGAUGAAUAUGUUUUUAAGUCUCUAACUGAUAACCACGAGCCUGAUAAUGAUAAGACAACAGUCUUAGCAAAGUUGAAUGCAGAUGAGUUCGUCCCACAAACGUUUGUAUCAUCGAAGAAACCGGCAGCAACCCAGGUUGCAGGGAACAUAGUAAUUGAUUUGACUGCGCAAACUAUUAAGGUGCCGAAAACAGAGGAAGAGCAAGCCAUAGAUCCCCUGUUUCAUCCAAAUUUCUUCGGCAACGAUGACGAACGAAUGUCUCAGUGGGUUCGGAAAUUGCUGGCUGUGCGACAGAAUACUUGAAAUUAACACCCGUAAGUAAAACGCUAUUCAAUUUAAUAAU